CAAUGCAGCUACGGCGAUGUAACCUUGUGUCCUGCUCUGGAGAAAGGUCUUUGAGCGAUAUUUCUCCGUCCGAAUGGUACGCGUGCUAUGACCACCUCCCUGGUCCUGAAUCCUCGUUGGGCAGAUGCUGUAAUGUUUGUGUAUGAAAAUAACUUGGAUGAGCUUAACAAGAACAUGGAAGGUCUGGUUGGUAGCAGCAAUUUCGCGGCCAACCAGUGCAGAAAUCUGAUAGCUCACUCAGCCCUAAGCGGUCACCCUUCCAGCCUUGUGCAUGGUUCCAGCUAUUCCUCUGUGGACGUGAGUACCUCGAGUUCAGGAGAAACUAGUAAGCAAUGCACUCCGUGUGCAUCGGUACCUCAGGCUUCAUCUACGGGUCCUAUACCUUAUGGUUACUUUGGCAACAGCUAUUAUCCCUGCAGGAUGGGGCGGGGUUCACUCAAGACUUGCACGCAACCGAGCGCACUUGGCUACUCUGCGGAGAAAUACAUGGACACCCCGGUCACAUCUGAAGAAUAUCCCACCAGAGCCAAAGAGUUCGCUUUUUAUCAUGGCUACCAUGGUCCUUAUCAAUCCAUGGCCAGCUAUUUGGACGUGUCCGUAGUACAGACAUUAGGGACCAGCGAGCCACGGCACGAUAGUCUCCUCCAUAUGGACAGUUACCAGCCUUGGUCUCUGGCUAAUGGAUGGGGAGGUCAAAUGUAUUGUUCCAAAGAACAGAGCCAAGCCGGCCAUUUGUGGAAAUCUGCAUUAGCAGAUGUUGUUGCCCACCAACAUGACGGGGGAUCUUUUCGUAGAGGUAGAAAGAAAAGGAUACCGUACACCAAAGUGCAGCUAAAGGAACUGGAGAAAGAGUAUGCAGCCAACAAAUUCAUCACCAAAGACAAGAGGAGAAAGAUUUCUGCGGUAACCAACUUGUCCGAGAGGCAGAUCACAAUCUGGUUUCAGAACAGGAGGGUAAAGGAAAAGAAAUUUGUCGCCAAAGUUAAGAACAGCGGUCCAUAAUGGGCAUUUGAGCAACAAGACAUUUUUAUAUCUGUGACUCAUAUUACAGAAAAAAAGUCGACUUGACUUUUACUGGGAUUGUUUGUGCUCUCUUGCCUGCGUAUUUGAUUCUCGAAAUUAAAUGACCUAGGAUAGACAAUUUAUGUUAUAAAAUAAAAUAAAAUAAAAUAAAACAAAUAUGCCAAAAUAUGCAUUUGUGGGAUUUUACAGACAAGAUAAAUGUUAGAAUGUUAGGCAUGUCGAUGUUGUUACUGCAGUAGAAAUAUAGCUUAUUAAACUAUAUACUCAAUAAUAUUCUUUAACAUACUUAUGUGACAUAUAUUAAAUGUAUAUAUGUAACAAUUAAAAAUCACGUUAAUCACAUUAAAGUACUUUACUGCUUUAGCUAAUUUUCCCCAAUUACCUAAUUUGUAAAUUGUGCUAGUGGGUACGCCAAGUGUUGUCCCGUAAACGUCCCAUGUUAAUUUCAAACAAAUUACAAUCUUGUUGGGGUGUCAGGUUGUCAACUUGUCAACUUGCAACGAGUUUAUGAGCACUUCUAAGUUUUUUUUUUAUUUUAUCUUUUUUGACAAUCCUAGACACGGGACUUACUUUUCUUUAUAAUACACCAUACUGUAAAUAUGAUACAAAUUUACUUUGAACCAUUUAAAAUAGAAACUUGUGUAAACGUAUCGUGCUUUGCAAUGCGUAAAUAAACAAGAAAAGAACUGAUAGAUAAAGAACUGAGUGUUUCCUUGUCCUUUUGCGGGUGAGGCUAGAGAUGUUUUGAUGGAGACAGAUGGGGGAGAGAGGGACUUGUAGACAGAGCCAUUAAAUCAGCGCUUAACCUUGACCUUGGAAUUCACGUGUACUUAAGAUGAACGUGGAUCACGAAACCAAUAGCGUUAACAUAACUCUCUCAAGCUUAGAUUCUAAUCUUUUCUCCUGGCCGUUUUUUUACCACAAUGUUGCACUUGUUGAAAAGCAUUUUUAAUCCAUGUGUUUUCCAUUAAACUAAAUGUUCCUCAUUUUGUUCGUGGCUGUAGUAGGUCGUGGGAUUUAAGAGCACACCUGAUUAUUUGUUUGUAGAGAGAAGCCUACUUGUAGAGAGCUACUGCGCGAAAACUUAAAUAUCUUACCUCUGCUUAUCGCAUUCAGGUAAAAAAAUAUGUGUGGUCUGUUUAAAUAUCCAGCAAUAAUGGGCAUUAACAUUAUGACGUGGAUAGCAUUAAAAAAUAUAAUUUACAUUCUCUUUUGGUACAUAAUGUAGGUUAACCAAAACUAACCAGUUUAUUUGAGGCACUGUCAUAAAUCAAAUCAAAACAAAUACUGAAAGUGCCUCAAACGUAUCUUAUAGUUUGCCACUAGAGUUAAAAUAGCUUGAUUAUAAACAGAUCACCUAAACUGUGUUUAUUAAUAAUUGCCAAAUCCUGACAUUAACUGAAUUAAUUAACAAGAUGUUAGUAAUUUCCUAUUGCCGUCCAUUUAUAUAUAUAUGAUUCAUUUGGCUGUUAAUAUACACAAAUCGUUAAUUUUUGUCACCACUAAUUUUACCACACAAAAGUACUACAAGAGACAUGCAAGAGACAACAGAAUGCGAUAUAAAAUGCAUCAAUUUCUAGCUUACAUUAAAACAAUGUUGUUCUUAUGUUUGAGCAGGGAUUUAACGGUGGUUCUUGUCCUUUCUGAUACUCAGAUAUCACGUAAAUUUAAUUGCUAUAUUACAGUUAUAUUCCACCGAUUUUUUUAGGUCGACCAAAUAUAUGCAAUAAGUGCAGGGAAUAAGUUACAGGGAAAAUCUAGCAAGAUUCGAUUCAACUCUAGUCGUCCGUCUUCAGCUGAUAAUUAACCUGGGUGAGUUUCCCAAUAACGAUGAACCACGAAAAUCUUAAAGAAGGCCGAACCUGUUAUGCAAUCGUUUCCAUAUAACCUUCUUUAUCAGAUAUUUAACAAACGAGUUGUGAAUAGUUCUUUGUUGGAAAAACCGCACGAGUCUAUAGCUAAACAAUCGAUUCACAGUCCAGUAUUAAAUUCAAUGACUCAAUCAACUACUUACACAACAAAAAUAGACGCAGGUAGGCAGUAUUUACAAACAGAGGACGAUAGACGCAAGUGUACUCAACAAUCUGCAGAAAUUACGUUUGUUUGGGAGAGCUACACUGAAAAAGAAAACGUGUUGCGUGAGAUUUAAGACGAACUAUAAUGCACAAAAAAGUUAGACCUACUCAUCCAACCUUGAUUUCACGGUUUACACUAAAUUUAAUUUAAACAAAAAAAAAUCUAAUUUACACUAAAAAGGGAAUAUAUUCCGUAUAGUUCCGUACAAAUAGUAGGUCUUUUUUUUUAAUUAAUUUAUUUUUUUAUCAAAACGUUUAACACUCACUCUAUGUACUUGUGCGCAUUUUCAGUAGAAAUUGGCGGCCUCUGUCUUUUUAACAUAAGAACUGCACGCCAGUGCCGAAUAAUGAGGCAUUUUGUGAAUAACGAAUGGGUUAGAUUACUCAUGAAUGUAACAUAAUGCAUUAGUUACGAAUGGUUCUACGUUCUA